AUGCUGCCCAGCAGAGGCAUUCUUCGCUCCCUCCCCUCCGCGAGGGCGACCAGCAGCAUAACCCGCCAGACGAUCUCCCGGGCACCCAGACGAAUCGGAGAUGGACGGCAAUUUGGAACCUCGAUGCGCAACGGCAGUGCGCCCUGGGCGGCGCUGAGAUCGACCAACUCUAGACUCGGUGGCCUCGCCGGCACAGUAGCCAUCGGCGGCUCCCUCGAGACGAGAAGAGCCAUCUCCCUCUGGGACAAGUCUGAACCCCAGCCUACACCAUCAGCAACGUCACCAGCUGCGCCCGUAGCGCCCGCUGCGCCCUCGGCAUCCGUCGCAGAACCAGCCGCCGUCGACGCUGCCUCAGCAUCUGCCUCAUCCAUUCCACCGGUUACCCCCGAUGCCGCCGUCCCCUCGACUUCCCUCCCCGAGCUCGACGCCGCCACCCUCCUCGACCUCCCCGAACAAAUCGGCUUCCUCAAGACCCUCGGCCUCGACUUUGGCUGGGGCCCUUCGAGCGUGAUGCAAUGGGCCUUGGAGCACGUCCACGUCCUCUCCGGCAUGCCGUGGUGGGGCUCCAUUGCCGCGACGGCCAUCCUCCUGCGUCUCAUCAUGUUCAAGCCGCUCCUCAAGUCCCAGGACACCUCGGCGAGGAUGCAGAAGCUCCACACGGACCCGGCAUACGACGAAACCCGGAAAGCUCUCACAGAGGCCAUGUCUCGCGGUGACUCGGCCGCCAUGACUGAGCUCCGUCGCGACCUAUCGAUGCUGAACAAGCGCGCCGGCGUCAACCCCCUCAACGCCUUCUGGGGUCUCCUCCAGAUCCCCUUUGGAUACGGCAUGUUCCGUGUUCUCAACGGCGCUGCCAGCAUCCCCGUCCCCGGCAUGGAGACUGGCGGUUUCCUCUGGAUCACAGAUUUGACUGUCUCUGAUCCCUACUUCCUCCUGCCCAUCGCCGGUCCGGUGGCGAUGUUUGCCAUGGUCAAGCUCGGCUCCAAGUACUCCACGCCUCAAGCCAAGGCCCAACAGAAGCUUAUGAUGUACAUCCUCGGACCCCUGUCCGUAAUCUUCACCUCAUACCUCCCCGCCGGCGUCCAGUUCUACUUCUUCAUCACCGGUAUCAUCGGUGUGGCCCAGAACUGGCUCUUCUCCAAGGCCUCCUUCCGCACCCUCUUCGGCCUCACGCCCAUCGGUCCCGGACCCGCCGCCGCUCCCAUCACCACCACAGCCACCAACUCUUCCGCUCCCACGCGUCUGACCUACCAGGCCCCACGUUCUACUCCUGAGCCGACAACCCCUGCGGCCGACAGCGGCAGCAUCAAGGGCAUCGUCGACAACUUCAAGCAGACUGUCCACAACGCCAAGGGCGGUGCCGGAAACCACCUCGAGGCCGGCCGCAAGCGUGAAGCGGAGAAGGCUGCUAAGAAGUAUGCCGAGCAAAGGGGCGAGCAAGAACGGCAAAAGUUUUGGAGCGAGACGCGGAGGAAGUAG